AUGGAAGUGUUAGUGAUAUUUAUGCUAUUCUUAUCACUUAUCAACGGAUUUUUCUUAUUCGGAAAACAGCAACAAAUUACGGUGCAAGGCGAAAUUGGAUGUGAAAAUAAUGUACAUACCUUAGAUGUUCAUAUUGAACUUUGGGAAAAAGAUGCUGUGAUAUUCAUAAGUUAUUAUUUGAUAAUAUGUGAACGUAUCAUCUUGCAUUCAAUUUCAUUAUUUGAUGAUAAACUAAAUUCAACACAACCACAACAUGAUGGAUUCUUUGAAAUUAGUGGAACAGAGAGAGAAUGGGGUAGCAUUGAAACAUAUUUGAUUAUCAGACAUCAUUGUUAUCAGGGCAAGGUUAAUACGCGAUGCAUUGUUACUGAUCGAUUCGCCAUACCAUCAACAUCAAUUAAUAAAGUUUACAAUAUGGGUAUAAUCAGUCUGAACAUUCAUCAAAAUAACCGAAAAACAAUUUGCAGGAAAUUGUGA